AUGCACUUGAGCGGAGCCCGGAACGGGAAGACAAGGGUUUUAGAUGCCCGAGAACAGUUACACGAGCUCGGGGUUAUUGGGGGCGCGGAGCUUCAAAACGAGGUCCGCCGUCCUGCCCGAGGGGGGCCGUGAGGGGGUUCUUGGGUUUCCCACAUUCUCACCAUCUUUCUUUGUCGCUCACAUAUCUGCAAUACCUGGAUCCUACACACUCGCCGUCCGAUAUGCCGAUCCGUAGCGAGUGGCAGCUUGCGCGUGAGGGCGUCACGGGCGACACCCUCGCCCGUGCCCUCAGACACACCGUCCUCAACCCCCUCUUCACCGUCCCCCUCCUCCUCGCCGCUCGCUACCACCCCGAAGGCUCGCGCCUCGCUGCUGGGAACCCCGGACUGUACAGGUACCUUAAGAUUGCCGCUGGGCUGGGAGUACUGCAGUGGGUGCGGGAGUGGUUGGACAAUGGCGUGACGAAUAAUUGGGUCAAUGAUCGGUACGAUUGGAGCAAGGAGGUGGUGGUUGUGACGGGCGGGAGUGAUGGGAUUGGAAGGAUUGUGGUCGAGAGGUUGGCGGAGAGGGGGGUCAAGGUUGCCGUGUUGGAUGUGCAGGGGUUGACUUACGAGGCACCCCCGACAGUCCGCUACUUCCACGUCGACCUCGCCUCGAAACCCUCCAUUGAAAAAGUCUGCGCCCAAGUCAAAGCCACGCUCGGCAACCCGACCGUCCUGAUCAACAAUGCCGGCGCCGCGCGCGGCAAAUCCAUCCUCGACAGCACCGAGAAGGACAUCAAGCUGACCUUCAACGUCAACGCCCUCAGCCACUACUUCCUCGUGCAGCAGUUCCUGCCCAGCAUGAUCGAGCGCAACCACGGCAUGAUUGUCACCGUCGCCAGCAUGGCCGCCUACGUCGCCGCGCCCAACAUGGUCGACUAUGCCGCGAGCAAGGCCGCCGCGCUGGCCUUCCAUGAGGGUCUGUCCGCAGAGCUCGCCACCGUGUACAAGGCCCCGCGUAUCCGGACCGUGCUCAUGGCACAGGGAUACACGCGCACCAAGCUCUUCGAGGGAUUCCAGGGUCGCGCGUUGUAUCCCGAGACGGUGGCCGACGAGAUUGUCAGGGCCGUGUUCGCGGGCAAGUCGAAGCAUAUCAUUUUGCCCGAGAGCGGGUGGUUGCUGGUGCCGAGGAUUCGGUCGUUGCCGCUGUUCAUGCAGUAUGGGCUGCGGAAGAGGCUGGUCAAGUUGAUGUCGAGGUGGCAGGGACGGCAGGUGGUGCAGCCGAGUUUGGACAAGGGAGAGGAGGUGGAGAGGAAAGUGGAGGAGAGCGCUGUGUUGGUGUCUGAGGGCCAGUAGAGUAUAAAGUGCGUAUUUGGGGUAUUUGCUUGAGAGUUAGCCAAAGGGAAUAC